AUGGACAAGCUGGACACGAAUUCAUCGGAUCUGAGCGGCUUGAUCAGUAUCAGCAACUCCAGUCUCCGGUCGGUCAAAAGCAGGUUUGAAGGAGUUUGCUUGCUGGCCGUGCUGGUGGCUGACAGUCCCACGGAUACCUUCCAGGAUCAGUGCAUCUCCUGGCUCCGAGCUGUGCAGCACAUUAUCCAGUCCCAGGACCCCCAGACGACGACAGAGCUGGCCAUCUGGGUGCUCCAUGACCUGCUGAAGUACUCCUCCCAGCUCCUGGAACUGGCCCGGGAAGUGGCCAUGAACCACGUUCCAGCCAUUGUGACUGCUCUCUUGGCACUGAAGCCUGAGUGUCACGGAGCAGCGCUAGAGGGAAUGAAGGCCUGUAUGACCUUUUACCCCCGGGCCUGUGGAUCUCUGCGGGGCAAGCUUGCUGCUUACUUCCUGAGUAAACUUGACACUGGGAGCCCACACAUGCACGAGCUGGCCUGCCAAUGCUACGUGUUGUUGCCUGGGCUUGGAGCCGGGUUUGCCCAGGGAAUGAAGUACGUGGAAUCUUGGGCACAGCAGCUACACUACCUCCUCGCCACCUUGCACGGCCUGGUCAAGCAGUUGUACGAAGGGGCAGAAACCGACCCAGUUUGUUAUGAAGGCCCAGGAGUCAUGUUGCCCCUGCCUGAGCUGAACGAUGGAGACCCCUUCCACGUGCUGCAGCUGAGGCAACGGUUCUCUGCGCUGAGCAAGUGCCUCUCGCUGCUCCUCAGUUCAGAUUUCCCGGUGCCUGUGAAGCUCCCGGUGCAGGACGUCCUGAAUUUGGUCUGUCGGAUCCUGAACAUCAGCACCAAGAACAUGAGCUGGAUAGGGGAUGGACCAUUAAAGAUGUUAGUCCUGCCGGCAAUCCAUUGCGACGCGCUGGAAAUUCUCUCGGCAGUCAUCACCGUGAGCAGGAAGCAUUUGGUACGCUUUUCCGACAUCAUCUGCCGGCUCUUCCCGCAGGUCCUGACUGCCUGGAGCACACCCCGGGAGUCCGCUGUGCCCGGGCAGGAGAGAGCCUACAGCUCAGUGAGAGUCAAGGCCUACGAGGUGCUGGGGACGUGGCUGAAGGUGUGCGGGGCAUCCUCGGGGGUCCUGCAGGGGCCGUUCCAUCACUGUGACGUCCUAUUGGCCAACCUGAUUGCUGACGUGACCCCAGUGGUGGACACGACCAAGCUCCGGCCCAGCAAGCCGGCGGGAGAUGGGAGCCAGCCAUUCAACUACGGCAAGCCGAGCGCCAAAAGGCAGAAGCUGAUGGACCUGGAGGAUGCUGCGGCCGUGCCGGGCCACAGGAAGCGGGACCCCACCGCCAACGGCGACGUCUGCCUCGCAGCGUUGAAAGUCUGCAGCGAUGUGAUCCUAUCCUGUGGAAGCUUGCUGAAGGAAGAGACCCACAAGAAGCUCCAUGAGCUGGUGGUACCCCUCCUGCUCCGACUGCAGCAGAACAGCAGCAUGACCAGCCCCUAUCUCCGGGCGGAUUGUCGGCGGGAGCUAUACCGUCUCCUGCUCUUCUUGCUGCUGGUUCCCAAUUCCAAAUGGCCGCCACCACUGCACUGCGCCGUCAGAAUGUUCAGCCAAGGACAGAACGACCGCAACACUGAGGUCUCGUCGUUCUGCUCAGAGGCUCUGGUCAUCUGCAACUGUCUCAUCCACCCCCGGGUGCCGUCGCUGCAGAUGCCCCUCAGUGCUGCCAGCCUCAUCGCCACGGCCUUCAAGCCCACGCCCAGCGCCGAUCCGCAGGCCCCCGCCAGGCCACCGCAGGUGCCCACCUUCCACCUGCCUGCCCCUCCCCCUCCGAGUCACCCCCCUCCCCCCGGGGCCGGGCCCCGGGCUCUGACUGACCACGCCCCGCCUGCUCGUUUCUCCCUCCCACCGCCCGCCCGCUUCCCGUCACCAGCGGAGAGCCACCGCGGCAUGGGUCAGGAGGGGAUCCCCACGGCGGCCCCCGGCGAGGAGGCCAUCUUCGGGGGCGAUGCCAACUGCAGCCGCCCUGUCUUCAUUCGCUAUGACAAGGAGGAGGAGUCGGACGUGGAGAUCUCCCUGGACAGCGACUCUGACGACAGCGUGGUGAUUGUUCCCGAGGGGCUGCUGCCUGACCGGGGGGCACCGGCGGCAAUGGGGGGCACCGGGCCGAGUGCCGCAGGGCCCCCCUCAUCGUCGUCGUCCUCCCCUCCGGCGCCGCCACCAGCCCCUGCCACCCCAGCCGACGCCAAGAGGAGGAGGAAGGAAGAGGAAGGGCCGGGCGAAGAGGCGCCGGAGGAGAUCGAGAAAGUGGUGGUGGCCUCGCCUCGGGCCCAGGGAGCCCAGGCCCCAACCCCCCUCCCCAUCCCCACGCCCCAGCCCCAAGAGCCAGGGGGCACCGGCGAGGCCCGGCCUGCCUCCCAGGAGCCGGACGAAGAGCUGACGGUCAUCAACAUCAACAGCAGCGAAGACGAGGAAGGGGAGGAGGAUUACCUGGAGGAGGAGGAGGAGGAAGAGGAGGAUUACUACGACGAGGAGGAGGAGGAGGAGGAAGAAGAGGAGGAGGAGGACUACGAGGAUGAAGAGGAGGACUUUGAGGAGGAGGGUGAGCUGGAGGAGGACGAGAUGGAUGAGGAGAUGGAGGAUGAGGACGAGGAAGAUGAGGAGGAGGAAGGGGAGGUGGAGAUGUACAGGCCCAGGGGCCCGGGGGACACCUCUGAAGAGGAGCCCGCUCUCGCCCCACGGCCUGCGGAGCUCCCGGCCGCGCCUCCACAGGAGGGGGAGGGGCCUGGGCCACCAGAGCCCCACCCCGAGGGGAUGCCCAGCCCCCGGCGGAGCGAGGGGGAGGGCAGCCCAGGGGGGCGGGCCCAGGGAGCCCCUGCCCAGAGCCAACCACUGCCGCCGCCUCUGGGUGAGAGCGAGGAGGGAGCGCGCCCAGAGAUGCUGCGGUCCACCCCCCCUCUCCCCGGGGAGCGAGCGGACGGAGGGGACUCCCAGCCCCCCUCUGCUGGAGGGGGAGGGGCCUCGAGCCCGGGGGAAGAGGGCGCCCCGACCCUGCAGAAGGAGGAGGGGGGAGAUGGAGUGGCCGACGCGGUCGAGGCACCCCCCCAGGGGGAGGUGGAGGAGGAGGGCAUGAUGGAGGCUGAGCCUGCGGAGCAGCAUCGGCGAGAAGAGGAGGAGGAGGUGGAACCCGCUGAGAAACCUGCCCCUGAAACUGAGGAGCCGGAGGACCAGGCGGCAGCCAUGUUGGCGGACUUUGUGGAUUGUCCUCCGGACGAGGAGGAGGUGAAAGAUAUGGCAGCUGGAGCCACGUCCAGUAGCAGUACCUGAGGGCAUUCCCCCCCCCUCCUCCCCCCAAACAUGCCGGGGAGGAGGGGGGGUGGGUCACAGGGGCACUGGGUCAGGAGGGGGAGGGUUUGGGAAUGGAUAGCGGGAUUCACAAUGCAGAGCGUGUUCCUUAUAACCGAGUGAGGGAGCACUGAGCAAACUCUGUUCCACUUUGUGCUCCGCUUACCCACAACUGGGGGG